AUGUGUGAGAAAAAUCUUUUAGAUAAUUCCCCUAAUGUUACAAAUCAUACCUGUCCCGUUUCUUCCUCUUGGUUUUUUCGACCUGAUCACGAGAUUUUAGAUAAAGCCAUUGAGAUUAUGAAGUUUCGGCGAACGAAUACAAUUUCAUUGAUUGAAUUUUUAAAAGACAAAGUGUUCCAACAAAGUCAAAUGCUCGAAAAGACGAGAAUAGAAUUACUUCAAUAUAAAGAGAUUCAAAAUGAGAUACAGAGAUUUAAGGAUGAAAACGAUCGACUUAAAUCUCAAUUGCAAGAAACGCGUCCACCAAGUACUCCAGAUCGACCUAGUCGGGUUUCACUUUCAAAUAUAACGUCUCCGACAAAGUAUCGCGCAAAACAAUCGCAACAUCAUGAUGAUCAUUCAAAAGCAUCAUGUAAUAUUGGCUUUGUAAAUUAUGUUGGGGAUAGUGAUUUCCUUAGUCAAUCAAGAGAUAUGAUCCUACCAUCUAACAAAAGUUCUUCGGCACUUUUUCCUGAAAGUAACUACGACCAAUUUCCUCAACCUGGAACAGCAUCUAAUCAGCGUAUAACGUGGCAACAGUCAUGUAAUAUGCUUAAGGGUUAUGAACAACCUCAAACGCCAUCGAAUUAUUCCAUGCCAAGGCCAUUUCAAUCUACUUCAGGUAACUUAAUAAGUCCACAUCGGGCUCUUAUGAAGAGGAAUGGAGAUGCAUUACCAGGAUUAAAUAAAUAG